AUGUACGCGCUGGCAAUUUGCCAAGUCGGCGUAGAAAAGGGCAUUUCUUUACUUUUAUUUGGGGUAGGCCAGCAACUAGCAAUGCGACAAGACGAACCUAGCUCUUCAGAUGGACUCGGGGAACAGGUGAAUCCACCGUUCCCCGAUGGAAGUCAUUCUCCCAAGAAAGACACUUGCGUGAACUGCGAGCCGAAGGGACUCCUUGAAGAAGAAUCCGAAGCAGCCAUCAAGGAGUUGUCCUUUGCCGUGACGAGCCUGUGCGUUUCCGAGAUGUUGCCUAGAACCGAAAAUUUGAUGUUCUUGAAUUUAACGACGAAGGAGGGAACUUCAUAUUGUAUCGAGCUGACCGAGAAGGGAUGGAGAAUCGCAUCCAACCGGCAUGAUUGUAUGAAUGGGGACUUUCGGAAGCUAGACGACCACAUUCAAUAUUUUUCGACGCUCUAUCAACUGAAAAGUAUGACUGUUUUUACGCGCAAAAUUGCCGUUAUGGGCUUCCCGUGUGUCGGAAAAUCGUCGAUUACGCUUCGUUUUGUUACCGGAGAGUAUACGGAUGAAUAUGAGACGACGAUCGAGGACCUUCAUGCCAAGAAGUACCGUUUUCACGGACAGGACUAUUCGAUUCUCAUCACUGACACUACGGGCCAGCAAGAGUUUUCCCUCUUCCCGAACUCCUGUAGUUACGCCGACGGCUUCAUUCUGGUCUAUUCGAUCGAUGAUCGCCGCUCCUUUGAGAUUGUGCAGGCCAUUUACGACAAAAUUGUUGACAACGUCGGCGACGUUCAGCUUCCCAUCGUCGUCGUCGGCAACAAGACGGACCUGAAGGCGAACCGUGUCGUUUCCCGUGAAGAGGGUCAAAUGCUUGCCAACAAAUGGAAUGCCGUCUUUGUCGAGACUUCGGCUAAGGAGAAUCUGAUCAACGCCGACAACAAGAAAUCUUCGAAAAGCGAGCGCAACCGUGCCUCGACGGGCGAAUUCAUCUUCGACUCGGUGCUGCGCCAGAUCGAGCAGUCUAAGGGCAAUCUCAAGAACCUUCAACCGAUGAUUAUCGAGAAGAAGUAUGGCCAAGGGUUUGCGGCGAUGUCCGUCGAUUUCGGGUCUAAAUUUAUCAAGGUCGGGCUAGUCAAGCCGGGAGUGCCAAUGGAAAUUGUGCUCAACAAGGAAAGUCGUCGGAAAACCCCCGCAAUAAUCCAUAUGCGCAACGGAGAACGGGCAUUCGGAGACCCGGCUCUCGCCUUGGCAGUGCGAUAUCCGUCUACCGUCUACGGCAACCUGAUCGAUCUGGUGGCUAAGGAAUUGGACCAUCCACUCGUUCAACAAUAUCUUGCUGAUUACCCCCAUUUGAAGCUGGUCGCUCACGCCAAUCGCUCGACCGUUGCCGUUCCUUUCGGUGAGGAGACUUAUUCGAUCGAAUCUGUGUUGGCAAUGAUCCUGUCCAACGCCCGUGAUGCCACUGAAGCCUUUGCCGAUCAGAGCGUGAAGGAUGCCGUAAUCUCUGUUCCCGUUUUCUUCAAUCAAGCCGAACGGCAGGCAAUCGUCAAUGCGGCAAAGAUUGCAAAGCUGAAUCUUCUACAGUUGAUCAACGACGGAACCGCUGCUGGGCUAGGAUAUGGGGUUUUCCGUCGCAAAGAGAUUACUGAGAAGCCGCAACGACUGCUCAUUUACGAUAUGGGUGCUGCGAAAACGACAGCCACACUUCUGGAAUACAAGGUUGCCAAGGAUAAGAAGGGCUACAAGGAGCCGCACAUGACCGUGCUGGGCGUUGGAUUUGACAGGACCCUUGGCGGAGAAGUGGUCACUUUGCGUCUCCGCGAGCUUCUCAUCAAAAAGUUCCGGGAAAACUACAAAACCAAGGAGGACGUGACCACCAACCAGAAAGCCCUGGCCAAGAUUUAUAAAGAAGCGGAGCGCGUGAAACAGGUUCUUUCUGCGAACGCCGACCAUUACGCACAGAUUGAGAGUGUUCAUGAGGAUGUGGAUAUGCGCGUGAAAGUGACUCGUGAUGAGCUCAACAUCUUAAUUGCCGACUUGGAGCCACGAAUUGGAAAGCCGGUGCUCGACGCGCUUGAUAUGGCCGGCUUGACUAUGGAGCAGGUUGAUCAAGUUGUUUUGAUGGGCGCUGGCACGAGAACCCCCAAGGUUCAAGAAGUACUUCAGCUGGCCAUCGGAGGUAAAGAGCUUGGCCGUUUCUUGAACACCGACGAGGCGAUCGCAAUGGGAGGACUCUACCAGGCUGCCCAUCUUUCGAAGGGUUUCAAGGUCAAGACUUUCCACGUUGAGGACCUGCAGCUUUACCCAAUCCUGGUUCAUUUCACCUCAAUUCAAAAGGAUGAGAAGAGCGGAGUGGCUACCGAAAAAGCAAUCAAGAAGCCGAUCUUCGGCUACAAAUCUAUUUUCCCGACCAGCCGCAAAGUGAUGUCCUUCACUUCUCACGACGAUGACUUUUCCUUUGGCCUGCACUAUGGUGACCUUUCCCACUUUUCGGAGGAGCAGAGGAAGCUCACUGGCAGCGGACAGAUAAACGAAGUCUCCAUCAAGGGAUUGAAGGCUGCGUUGGAGGAGAAGCUCAAUGAAGAUAACGAAUUCAAGGGUGUCAAGGCCGCCUUUUCCAUGGAUUAUUCGGGGGUUGUGCAAAUCGAGGGGGCCGAGGCGAUCAUUGAAAAGAAGAGCAAGGGUGUCGUGGAAUCGCUGACGAACACGAUCACUGGCUUCUUCUCAAAGGAUGACAAGAAGGAGGAGGGCGAGCCUACUGAAGAAAAAGCUGAUGAGAAGCCUCAAGCCGACACGCAAGACAGCGAAGAGAAGAAGGAGGAAGAAAAGCCGGCCACCGAGGAAAAGACUGAAGACAACAAGGACACCGCCGAGAAGAAUUCUACCACCACCGAGGAGACAAAGAGUGGCGGCAACGCUACGGCCGAGGAAAAGAAGAAGAAGGAGGUGCCAGCCAUCGUCAAGGUCAAACUCACCGUGGAGCAGAAUCGACUUGACUCGAAGCCGGUUGACUUGGAAGAGCGGAAGGCUUCGAUUGCAAUUCUGGAAAAAUUCGAAAAGGAAGAGAAGCUUCGUGCCGAACGUCACCAUGCUGAAAAUGAGCUUGAAUCCUAUGCGUUUGAGGCAAGCCUUCUGCCAGAAGAAGAGAUUUUCAUCGAACAUUCAACGGAAGCUGAACGUGAAAAGAUCAUUGAAGAGACAAAGAAAGUGCGUACCUGGCUCGAGGACGAAACGGAUCCCACUACACCCACUGGUGAUUUCAAGCAAAACUACCACAAGAUCAAGGAUCUGGUGACCCCGGUGAAGAAGCGUAUUGAUGAGACCCAGAAUCGCCCAGCCGCCCUGGAAGACUUGGAGAAGCUGGUGAACACGACGAUGACUCUUGUGAGCAUGACUAGAGCGAACAUCACUGAAACCACCUCUACUGAUGACGAAAAAGAAGUCAAGGCUUUGCACGAGGAGGUCAACGCUUUCGACGGAAAGGUCGAUAAGCUUGUCAAGUGGCUACUGGAAAAGAAGGAGGCCCAAGCCAUGCUCGCUCAGAACGAAGAUUCUGUUCUCAAGACAGAGGACUUGAAAAACAAGGCUUCCGCCCUGCAACGUGCAUUCACCCAGCACUUCCAAAAGAUGACCAAGUUGACGCAGAAUGUCGAGAAGGCCCGCAAGAAGGCAGAGCGUGAAGCCAAGAAGAAGGAAGAGGCAGAAGCCGCCGCUGCCACCGAGACCGAGACCCCCAAGCCUGAAGGCGAAAAGGUGACGACGAACGAUAGCGAGGUGCCGACGGAGAAGCCAGAGACCGAGGAGCCACAAAAGAGCGAACUU